AUGGAAGAGUUCAUUUUUCAUGAAAAUCAAUCUGAAUUAAUACUCGAAACAUCAAAUAUUUCCGCUGAUUCAAAUUUUAUUCGGCAAGAUUACAAAUCUGUCUCGGAAUUAUUUUUAGAAUCUUGGAAACAUUUAGAUAAAGUUGUUCCCACAGUUGUUUCAAUAUGGAAAAUAUUUUGUGCAAAAGAUUUAAUUUCUCGACAUAAUCUUUAUCGAAAAGAUAUAGGAAAUGUGCAAAGGCUGUUUCAUGGAACAAAGACGUAA